AUGAUGGAUUUCAAUAGCACCAGCUUCCAUCCUGCCACAUUCCAACUGACCGGGUUCCCAGGCCAGGAAGCUGCUUACCACUGGAUCUCGAUCCCUUUCUGUGUGUUGUACGUCACCGCCAUGGUAGGGAAUUGCACUGUUCUCUGCAUUAUCUGUGCAGACCGGCAUCUCCACCGGCCCAUGUAUUUGUUCCUUUGCAUGCUGUCGGUCAAUGACCUUGGUAUGUCUCUGUCGACCCUGCCCACGGUGCUCAGCAUCUUCUUCUUCAAUGCUGCAGACGUCCCGUUUGACGCCUGCCUGGCCCAGAUGUUUUCCAUUCACUCCUUUUCCUUCAUGGAGUCGGGGAUUUUACUGGCCAUGUCGUUGGAUCGCUUCGUCGCCAUCUGUGACCCGCUGCAUUACGUGGCCAUCUUGACCAACCCCAGGAUAGUGAGAAUCGGGCUGGCCAUAGUCAUUAAAAGUACCAGCAUGCUCUUCCCUUUCCCCUUUCUGAUUAAACGGCUGCCAAUCUGCAAAGGCAAUGUCCUCUCCCACGCCUACUGCUUGCACCCAGACAUGAUGAGACUGGCAUGUGCGGACACAACCGUCAAUAACAUCUACGGAUUAUGUGCCAUCCUCGUCACGUACGGCUUAGACUCAGUGUUCAUCAUCCUAUCGUACGUUAAGAUUCUAAGGACUGUUUUUAAUACUUCAUCCCACGAACAGCGCCUCACAGCCCUGAACACCUGCGUCUCGCACAUCUGCGCUGUCUUACUCUUUUACGUCCCGAUAAUUGCUGUCUCUGUUAUGCACAGGUUCGGGAAAAAUGCCCCUCGUCUUGUGCAUAUUCUUCUGUCCUAUGCCUACCUCUUUGUCCCCCCUGUGUUAAACCCAAUUGUUUACGGUGUGAAGACGAGGGAGAUCCGCAAGAGGAUCUCCCGAAUAUUCUCCAGAGGCUUAAUGUGACGUGGGAGUUGUGUCGGAUAUGGUUUUGUUGGAUGGGCUUUGAAUGGCUUGUUGGCUGAACGUCGUAUCUUUUCAGAGGACAUUCAGACCUCUCCAACGAUAAAAUACUAGAACAAUUCAAGCUGUGUAUAGGGUCACUGGGCUAUUACUGGGGGGUCGCGAGCUGUCAGCCUCCACCCCAAACCCUGAUUUGCCUCCAGCUUUUAUAAUGGUGUUGAAUACAUAAAAACUUGUUUUUAAUUUAUAAGGGGGGGGUCGCACUCAGAGGCUUGCUGUGUGAAAGGUGUCACCAGUACAAACGUUUGAGAACCCCUGCCUUAUGUCUUUAAAUUACAGUCUCAGAUGUUAAAGGAAAUCAAAGUCAGUCAGUCUUUUGAGGCAGGGACUGUGGCUUCCAGUGGGCGUGAGCAGUGCCCGGCACUUUGUGGGCAUGACCUGAAUACAAAAUGUGAAUCGGUAGAAGGAAACCCACCUCUCAAAUCUACAACGUUCUGGGCUAAAUCUAGCCAAAUUCUGCAGCAGGGACCAUCUGUCUGUCCUGUUUGUGAUGGGGGGCCAGCGCUGUCUCGAAAGCAGCAGAUUAACAAAAGUUGUAACUAGGGAGAGGCCACACACUUUUCUGCAGCUGCAAAUUGAGCAACUUGCACACACCAGGGGCUCCAGGGGUCCUUCUGUUCAACCCCACAAGCCACCCCCUAUUUAAGGGGAUUCAUGCAAAUCCCUCACUGCAUUUUCCCCAUCCCCCCGCAUUCUCAGUUCUCUUCUCUCUGUCUGUCAGUCUUCCAAAGGGGCGACAUUUUAAACUGCUUUGGAUGGCCAGAGCUGAGACGGGGGGCAGCUGUUAUGCUCCCAUCAGCCACUGCUUUAAUCUAGAUCCAAUUCCUGUGGUGGCUGAAGCUGCUGGUUCUGCUAGCCAGAUGCCAAGGACUCCUCCUUGUGUUCCCCUUUUCUCCUUUUCUGAUUUGCUGAUUGCCACCAAAAUCCACAGGGUUGUACCCACUGAUGGCUAGAACAUUCCCUGAAAUUUUGUAAUUGAUCGGCUGCAUUCAAACGUCAUCACGUUACAGACAGACAAAUAAACAGAGAUAUGCCAUUGGGUUGCAUGGGCGACCACACUUUGCUUGGCUAUAUAUAUUCAAGAACAGAAAACAGCUUUGAGGAAUAAGAAGAUGGACAGAAAUACUUGGCAAUACAAUGGGCCCAUGACAUAAAUUGUAUUUGUUGUCUUUAGCCUAAUGGUGUCCCUAGCCUGUGUUUGCAGAAGCUGGGAAUGGGUGACAGGGAAUGGAUCAAUUGAUUCCCUGUUCUGUUCACUCCCUCUGGGGCACCUGGUACUGGCCACUGUCGGGAGACAGGAUACUGGGCUGGAUGGAAUUGGCCUGACUCAGUUUGGCCAGCCACAUGUUCGUAGGUAGGCACUGUUAAAGUUGCCAUUGCUGGGACUGAAGAACUGGCAAGAGCAGUGGGAAGGUGAGGACAGUGCUGCAGGGUGGUGUUGCAGUUUGCAUCGGAAAGGCUAUUCACUAGAGCGCGUGGGACAUUUCUCACGGAACGCUUUCCUGUCUGAAAAUGCCAUUUCCAGAACCAAAAUGGGCCACAGGAAAGUGUCAAUUUUCAUAGAAUAUCAGGGUUGGAAGGGACCUCAGGAGGUCAUCUAGUCCAACCCCCUGCUCAAAGCAGGACCAAUCCCCAAUUAAAUCAUCCCAGCCAGGGCUUUGUCAAGC